CCUUCACACCCCAAUAAACAAGGCUUCCUGCAGAAAAAAAAACCUAACAGAGAUCUAUGCUCUCAAAGUGUCUCUCUGCUUCUCCUGGGACCGGUAAUGGAGCUGUCUUGUGAGUCAAUGAGAUAUCCUGAGGACAGAAGACCGGCCAGUUGCAAGUUUGUGGAGCUCCAUGUGCUGUAUGUUCCAGAGGACCAGUGGAAUGUGAAGCUCAAUAAAGUCCCUGCUGAAGCCAUAGAGAGCUUCAUAUCUGCAGGCUUCAUCAGGGUUUAUCCUGAUAUCAAUCUGAAAACUCUGAGGAGCGAGCUUCGGGCUCUUCUUGGCGCUGAGAGGAACAUUGACAAAUUUUCCUUCCUCAAAUGUGUGGGGCGCAGUUUGGCUCUGGUCAAGAGCAAACAGGAAAAGGAUCUGAAAGUGAAAACGUUCGCUCCACCGUAUGCCCCACAGCCAGAGCUUUACCUGCUGACCACUGUGGAGAUGGAUAGCAGUGUUUGCUCCCAGUCUCUCACACCAGACACCAGCAGCAGCUCCCCAGACUAUCACACUUUUUACCACCCUCCCAAGACGUGCAGCCUGCCAGCAGGAACAAAAGAGCCUGUUAAAUUCCCCCUCAUCCUCCAGUGUUCCCAUCAGCCACCUCCCACUCCCAGCCUAGAAGAAGGGGAGGAGGAGGAGGAGGAGGAGGAGGAAGAUGAGAAGCAGAGCUAUAGUUCAUCAGAGACAGAGGGAGAAAAUGAAGAGGAGGGUCUCACUUCCAACAACUUAGAGUGGGCAGAGCAGGAAUGUUACCCGAGGAAGCCUCAUAAUCAAAGGGCAACACAGCUUGUUUCACAGAAUAAAGGCAAAACUACAGCUUUCCAACGAUGUGAAGCCAAUUCAGCUCAGGUGAAGGAGUUGCCAGAGAAAAGAGAAACCUGCAAAAAGAAGAAACAGUACCACAGACAGAACAGAGCGGCCAGAGAUUCAGGAGUCACCCAGUCUCUGGAGGACAGAGAUUCAGGCUUCUCACUCACAGACGGGCUCGGCAAAUCAAAAGAUGUACACGCAUUGAAGUCCAUCAGGAACAAACCAACAAGUGGGGUCUCAGAAAGUCCAGUUGGGUUGUCUCGGUGUGUUGGGCUCACCUCUCCGCCUCCAGGACGAGCCUUCACUGUGGUCACUCAAAAAACAACUGUCUCUCCCGUUUUUCAGACAAACAGAGAGGAGCUGAUCGAGGAAAUCAAGUUGGUAAAAGAAGAGAGAAAGCAACUGGAGUGGACAAGGCAAGAGUUGCUAAGAAAGGGGAAAGAUUUGUUGGCUCAAAACAGACAUCGCAGAAACCAAGCACGUGACAGUUGGAAGAAGAAAUAUUUUGAAACCAAAAAGGCCACAGCACCAUUGGAGGAAAAUCUGAGAAACUUAAGACAAGAGUUGGAGACAUUUUACAACAAACUCCUGCACCAGCUGCAGGCCAGAGAUAACAGAGGGAAGCCAAGACGACAGGGCAGAUCCUCCAUAAAGAAUGAGCUCAUCAUUCAGAUCAUGACAGAGAGCCAUGAGAUUGACAACCUGAAGAGGAAGGUAGAGGAUGCUAAGAUGAAGCUGGUAACAGAGAUAAAGUUGAGGAAACAGGCUGCCACAGAGCUGAGGGCCCUGAAGGCUGAGCUGGCCCAGAAGAAGAGUCAGUCCUCUUAUCCUGGUCCCAGGUCAUCUCUGGGCUUUGGAAAGACCACACGGGACGGACCACAAGUUAAAAGCACCUCCAUCUAAUUCAUUACUUACAGAACUGUAAAGAAAACCUUUGGUGAGACAGCAAUUGAUGUUGAUUUGUUGGAUUUUUAUGCUACUGAGUUUAGUUUUUUUUAUACUUUUACCGAACCAUUUUUUUAUUAAAACUUCAUGUAAAUUUGUCCAAAAUGUUGAUGCUGUUGACAUUCUGAAUUACUCAGGUGCUGUAAGCAAAGAAAGCCCGUCAAGAACCAUUUUUGUCAAUAUU